AUGGCGUGGUCAUCAUGGAGUAGCGACUACAAAGAAUGCAUACAGUACCGGGAAAGAGUUGGUCCUCUUGAAAUCAAUCCUCAGCUCAAGAAUCAGUUGAUUGCAUAUAAUUCAUCGCUUCAGUUGAAUUGCUUUCUAAGAGGUUGCCCUACACCUGAGAUAAACUGGACUAAGGAUGGGGUGAGUCUCGGUAACAACAACACUCUCACGAUUCCUCAAGCGAGGCUGGAGGAUUCUGGCCAAUACACAUGUAGCGUCAAAAAUAGCGAAGGGAGCAAGAACUCCACUUUCUGGAUUGAAGUGGCGGGAGUAUCUCCUCAGAUCAUUGCGCCUCCGACAGACCAAUCUGUUACCAAAGGAUACCUUGGCAACUUUAAGUGCGUAGCCUCAGGUGUUCCAACACCAACAUUUGUCUGGGAUUUUAAUAAUGGUGACCUGCCAUCUGGUAUCCAUCAGACUGAUCAAGAAGGAGAGUCACUGCUGGAAUUGCCACGUGUCACAGAAGAGAUGGAGGGGACUUACAAAUGUACACAUGAAGGUGAAUAUGAAGGUGAAGAAAUUAGAGAUGAAUGUGAAGAUAAAAAUAAAGAGAGAGAUGACAGUGGUGGAAAAGCCUCUGCUCAAGUUGUUCCAAGGACACAUCAAACACUCACAGUGGGAGAAGUCCUCACAUUGACCUGCAAAGUCAACAGGGAAACCGUCAACAUAACAUGGAAAAAAGAUGGAGAGUCAUUAAAAGAACGAGCAGUUAUAGAUACCCAAUUAAAUAAGACAAAGAGUAAACUUGUUAUUACUGAGGUUGUAGAAGAGGACAGUGGUGAAUAUUCUUGUGAAGCAAGUAACAAGCUCGGAACUGUGGCUCUCUCUUCUGUUAUAUUGGAUGUAAUAGGAAAAGCCUCUGCUCAAGUUGUUCCAGCGACACAUCAAACACUCACAGCGGGAGAAGUCCUCACAUUGACCUGCAAAGUCAACAGGGAAACCGUCAACAUAACAUGGAAAAAAGAUGGAGAAUCAUUAAAAGAACGAGCAGUUAUAGAUACCCGAUUAAAUAAGAGAAAGAGUAAACUUGUUAUUACUGAGGCUGUAGAAGAGGACAGUGGUGAAUAUUCUUGUGAAGCAAGUAACAAGCUCGGGACUGUUGCUCAGUCUUCUGUGAUAUUGGGUGUGAAAGUAGCCCCUUCCAGCAACUCACUGGAGUGGUACUACAUUGGUGGACCUGUGGCUGUGGUCAUUUUCCUCCUGGCUCUCAUUUCAUAUAUUAAAAAUCGCCGUGCGACAGCCUUGCAAGAGGUGCCCACCAGGUUGGGGUAGGUUUAUUUUCUUUCCUGAAUGCUUACUGUUAGAGUAUAUCGCUAUACACGAAGUUUCCAACUCUUGAAGAAGUCUGAGCAGAGAAUUGAUAAGCGCCCGUGCUGGGAAAACUACGU